CAGCCGGGCAGGGCGGAGGUGAUGGGAGAAGAAGAGAAAGCGUCUCAAUCAAUAAGCACACCAUUACAUUAGAUAACUAUGGUGUAGGGCCACCACUUACCAGAAGAGACGAGCCCCGCCCCAGCUUGCACUGCAGCGUUUCCUCUCACACAUGGAAAGUAUUAAUUUUAAUUAAUUAAAAUUUAUUAAAUUGAAGUAUGUAUUUCGUUUAACAUUUCUUUUCUUGCAUUCUGACCUUCCCUAUAUACAACAAAAAAGCCAAGACACAGAAAAAUUGGGAAGGAAAUGGAGAUGGUCUUGUGGUCCUCUUCUUCUCUCUCUUAUCAAAUAUAUCUCCCUGUUCCUAUUUCCCUUAUUACUCUUGUACCACCACUUGGGUUUUUAUUUCUAUUUCUAUUUCUGUGUGUGUGGGUAGUUGCCCAUUUCUCGCUCUCCUCAUCACUUCACGCUUUUAAUUCCUUCACUUUUUGCAACUCAUUAUGGAUGCAAAAGGGAAGAACAAAAUGGGAAAACUGGUCAAAAGAGAAGCUGGGGAGUCUGAUGAUGAGGGGUCCAGGAAAAAGCAAGAAGUUGUGGUAAAGAAAUCUGGUUUGAGUGGUGGUGGGGGUGGGAAUGGCAGAAAUUGUCAAGUGGAGAAGUGUACGGCUGAUCUGAGUGAUGCUAAGCUGUAUCAUAGGAGGCAUAAAGUGUGUGAAGUUCAUGCAAAGGCUCAAGUUGUGGUUGUGGCCGGGAUCAGGCAGAGGUUUUGUCAGCAAUGUAGCAGAUUCCAUGAGCUCCCAGAAUUUGAUGAAAGCAAAAGAAGUUGUCGCAGACGAUUGGCAGGACACAACGAACGACGAAGGAAGAAUGCAGCUGAAUCAAAUGGGGAAGGCUCCAACCGCAAAGGCAUUGACAGUCAGCUAAAAGAUAUGGUGUGUGGGCAGGUUGAUGACAAGGAAAGAAUCAAAAUACCUAUUCAAGAGAAUGCCACUAACAAACAUUUCCAGAUCAGAUAACUGUUUAAACUUGAGGAUGCUCUCUCUCUUCUGUCACCCAAGGGAUGCAAUAACAGUGAUCAUGCUACUAAACAUUGUGUAUCGAAGCUGAAUUGCUCACUUUAUUAUUGAAUGAAUAGUCAAAAAUUUAACCUUGAAAUAUCAA